AUGUCAUCCGAAACACUCACACCCGCGGCAGCACUCCCUUUCGCACCCACCUUGCUCUCUCCCCUGUCCCUCUCCCCAUCAUCUCCCUUCACCUCCAAGGCAGUUCCUGCUCUCUCCUCAGCACUUUCCCUCCUCUUUUCCUCCCGUUGUUUCCCCUCCACUCCUUUUUCUCUCUCCUUAUCCCUGGCGGCUCCUCUUUUGCGCAUUUCCUCAGGAGAAACUGACCUCUUCCGCUUCAUCCUGUCAUUUUCUUUAUCACUACCCCUCUCCCUCUCCUUCUCCCCUCUCGCUCCUUCCUCUCUUCUCCCUCCUUCCUCCCUUGUCCUUCCUUCCUCUUACCUCCCUCCUUACCCUAUUCUCCCCUUUUCCUCCACUUCCCUUUUUCCCUCUGUUCUCUCUGCCCCCUCUUUUCUCUCGACUUUCACUGCUUGCCGAUUCGCUUGUGCUGCUCCUUGUAUCCCUGCUCUCGCUCCUCCCAGUCCUCCCCCUUUCCGUCCCAUCCUCCUCUCUCUCCUCAUCCGAGCCAUAACUCCUCUCUCCCUCUUCCCUCGUCUCCUCCUCCUCACUCUGGUCUCCGCCCUCUCCUCUCUCCUCUCUAUCCACCAUCCCUCCUGCUGCACGUUCACCAGCCAUCACACCGUUCCCUUCCCCAGCCCCUCCUCCUGCUUCUGCUUCUCCCUUCAAACCCACUCCCCCCUUCUUUACCCUACCCUACCCCGAUUGCCCCUCUAG